AUGAUAGAGAAGAGGCAAUUUACCGGUGGGAAAUUUGAGAAUCCCCAUGAGCAUCUCAAAGAAUUUCUCAAGUAUUGUGACACUAUCAAGAUCAACGGGGUGUCCCAAGAGUACAUAAGAUUGAAGAUGUUUCCGUUCUCACUCAUGGGAGCGGCGGAACAUUGGUUGAACAAGGAUGUUCCUCCCGGUUCCCUCACGACUUGGAAUGAGGUAACUACGGCGUUCCUAGGAAGGUUUUACAAUCACAAGAAAACCGCCGAGGCUCGCUCAAAGAUUCAAAGUUUCCGCCAAAGAGGUGGAGAGUCUCUUUGUGAGGCAUGGGAGAGAUUCAAAGAAUUACAAAGGCAAUGCCCACACCAUGGGAUUCCUAAUUGGCAAGUUCUCCAAACAUUCUACGGAGGACUCUCCCCUCAAAGUAAGACUAGCCUUGAUGCCGGAGCCGGAGGCCCAAUCAUGAACAAAAGGGAAGAUGAAGUGGAGAGUAUCAUAGAAGAAGUUGUGCGCAAUUAUGAGGAUUGGUACGAAGGUGAGAGGGAAGCCACUUCUAGCAAAGGAACGGUACAUUCCGUCGAGCAAACCAAUGCCAUCACAAAUCUUUCCAACCAAAUGGCAAAGAUGGCGAAACAAAUGGAGGAGUUCAUGAAAUCAAGUUCCCAAAAUGCUUCCUCCCCUUCUCCCAAGGGAGGCCAUGGUAUGAAUCCUUCUACUUCUUCUCCCUCUAAUUACAAUGCCAUGCCUCCUGGUUGUAUGUUUUGUGAUAUAUGUGGAGGCUAUGAUCAUAAUUCUCAACAAUGUAUGUCCAUAAGUGAAGGUCCCCCUCCCCAUGAAAAUGAUGAUAAUGUUGAAGAUGUUAAUGCCAUGAAUUUUGUGCCCCGUGAGGGAAAUAAUGGAAUGCGACCAAAUUGGAAUCAAAACCCAAACCGUGUCAACCCCAAGUCUAUGUAUGCCAUUACUACUAGAAGUGGGAAGAUCCUUGAGAGUGAACUAAAUGUUGAGAAGAGUCCCGAUGUGAGGAUAGGACUUGAGGUUGAGGAUGAAUCAUCAAGAAAGAAUGAGAUUCUAGAGGGAAGUGCCGGAAAGAAUGAGAGGGGUGAGAAAGAGAAAGAGAAGGAACUCGAAAAGGAGAGCACCAAAGAUCAAACAUCUUUACCCCUUAAUCUCCAACCUAGGAAUGAGAGGUUGCCUUUUCCCCAAAGAUUUGCUAGGUCUAGGCUUGAUGUUCAAUUUGGAAAAUUUUUAGAUGUAGUAAAGAGCUUGCAUGUUUCUAUACCCUUUGUGGAUGCUAUGAAAGAGAUGCCACACUACUCUAAAUUCCUAAAAGACCUCCUGAAUGGAAGGAGAGAAGUUGAAACCGUUAGCUUAACCGCAAAUUGUAGUGCUAUUCUCUCCAGUGCUAGUGUGAGUUUAAUGCCUUUCUCGGUCUACCAAAAGCUUAAUGUGGGAAACCUUUCACCUACAAACAUCACCCUCCAAUUAGCAGAUAGGUCCACAAAAUUGCCUAUAGGGAAAGUAGAGGACAUACCCCUUAGAGUCGGUAAGUUCACUUUUCCGGUGGACUUUUAUGUUCUUGAAAUGGAUGAAGAUGAAAGAAUUCCUAUAAUCUUGGGUAGGCCAUUCCUAGCUACCUCUAAAGCAAUUAUUGAUGUCAAAGAAGGCAAGAUGACCUUGAAGGUUGACAAUGAUUCUAUCGAAUUUGAUUUGAAUAAGGUGAUGAGACAACCUUCCUCUGACAAUGAAUGUUAUAGAAUAGAUACAAUUGAAAACUUGAUGAAUGAGUUUAGAUACCCUUAUAUGCAUGCUUCUAAUGAUCUACUUGAGAAUGUUUUGUUGAAUGAGAAUGAGGUAGGUGAUCAAAAGGAGAUGCAAUUAUAUGAGGAAAUGCUUGAUGAGAAAGAAGAGACAACCCCCGACCAAGAGAUGCCCCAACCGUAUGAAGUCUUCCAAGUAGAAGAGGAGGAAAUCUCCAAUGGUAAGGUAGCUCCGAAGGUAGAAUUGAAACCUCUACCUUCGGGCUUGAGGUAUGUCUUUUUGGAUGUUAAUGAUACUUUUCCGGUCAUUAUCAAUGCUAACCUCACGGAAGAGCAAACCUCCUCAUUGCUUAAUGUUUUGAAAAUGCAUAGGAAGGCUUUGGGUUAUACUCUUGAUGAUCUCAAAGGUAUAAGCCCCUCCCUAUGCAUGCAUAAGAUCGAUUUAGAGGAGGGUGCUAAGCCGUGUAGGUAA